AUAUAGAUCCAAUGGCAGCAUUUUAGGAGAGCAGCCUCUGUUCAUUUUGUGUAUCCUCCUUAUAGAGCAUUUUAAAAUGCCAUUCUUUCACAUACUAGUUGAUAUCUGAUUAAUGGAUUGUGGCUUUGAAACAGGGACAAGGAGCUUGUCAUUUCCUUCAAUGGGAGGAUACUCAAGAAAUUACCACAAUUAAUGAUCUUGUAGAUGAAAGCAAACAUGGCAUAUCUGUAGAUUCUACUUCAACAAGCCAUGAGUUAGUCACUAAAAUGGGUGAUUUGAGUACUAAUAAUUGAAAGAGGAAGUUUGAUUCACUAGAGAUGGAAAAUCCUCAACAUCUCCCAACUUCUGUGGCUGUACAUGAACAUUUUGAGAAAGAUCAAGAGCCUGUCAUAGAGAGGAGUGAACAUGAUGAGACUUCAGAGAAUUUAACAUCUACAAAGUAUAUUGAUCCAUCACGAGUUGAGGACUCUUCAAAUCUCCAAGACCUAGCUGUGCUGGAGGUUGAGUUGACUGCAAUACAAGGAAUACAUGGAGAAUCUAUUGGAGUAUCUAAUAUAUUUUUUGCUUUGGGGAUCUUGAUGACCAACACUAAUGCGAUAGUGCUAGCAGAUGGUAACUUCUGGGGAAGGACUGAGAGGCAUGUAAAUUGUUAA